UUGUUGGUGACAAGAUUUCUGAAGAGGUAGACGUUGGAACUGGGGCGGCCGUAGAGCUAGCGGAUGGAAUUACAAUAGCAGUGAAUCCAGAAGAUGCCUUAAAAGCCGUUGUUGAAAAGAGAAAUUUAAAUGUUGGUUUGCAAAGGGCUGUUGAGAAGACAGAAGUUGCGUCCAAGGUUCAGUCAGGCGAUGAAAUUACAACAGAUGAUAUUGCAAUGUUUGUGAAAUCGACUGAUGGUUUGUCAACGUCGCGUGCUGAAUUUAUCGAUGGUUCCGAGGUUUCUGUAGGCUCAGAGAAAUCUGACAGUGAUUUCAAGUGUUCCUCUAAGAAUGAAGAUGUCGUUUUGUUGGAUGAUGACUCUCCACUAUUAACAGAUUUUACAACAUCGUCUAUAACUUAUGUCAGUGAUAGAGUUGACUCUUCUUCACUUGAUCUCUUGGUUGGCGAAGUGCCUAUGGACUUCCUUAAAGUUUAUGCUCCAUUAAGCUCUGCCCAAACCGAUGAAAGGAAGCAAGAUGUACAGUCGCCAGGAUCUUGUCUAUCUUUGAGUACCACAACAAGCGAAUAUAUAGAGUCUUUUGUUCCGGAUUUGGAAAAAGCGAAUAGUGCUGUUGAAACACUUCAAUCAAACAAUGUAAAUCAAUUCGAGCGAUCGGUGUCAUUGAGUGACAAUGCAGCUUCUGAUUACUCCAACGAGUCCACUACUAAAUACAACCUACCUUAUGAUACUGAAUCGGAUGGCAUCGAGGCCAUUUCGAGCGCAAGCAGGGGAAAACGUGUGAAAUCAAAGGAGAAAGUCACCGAGGUGAGGCAAUCGCACCCUGCCAAACUGAUUUCAGUGGACGCACGCCAUGAAUCAGCCUCGCCUCAGAGUGACAUAACAGAGUACACGGAAAGUGUAUCAUACGUCGAAUCAAUUAUAGACAGUACAAAUUAUGAAAGCGCAUUAAAAUUAAAAUCGAUAGAACUUCGGCAAACACCCAAGGACGCUGCAGAGGAAGCCAUUAUUGAUGAUAUCGGUGUCAAGCAGGAUGAUAUCGUUCACAAGACGAUUGACAGACGGGCUAAGUCUGAUCAAAAAGCAUUGGAAACGCAACGGACAGGCAAUGAGGCAACCAAGAUGGAACGACGAACGAAGGCGAAAGCAACAGUGACGAAAGUCAAUCUUGGGAAACAAACGCCAGCUGAAUUUAGCAAGCGAUCAACCAAAACGACCGACAAUCGUCUCGGUUCGGUCACAAUUUCUAAAUCCACAGAAUCGUCGAUUACUGCCGUAGGCAGAUCGAGUACUAUCACAAGCCGCAGUUCAACCACGACACGCACCCACGGGUACAUGCAGUCCACUCUUUCGCGCGAUCAGAAAGUAUUGCGACCCUUGAACCUUAUCGAUUCGACACAAUCGUCACCAUCGAAAUCAUCCUACCGAUCUACAGCUGUUUCAUCCGCAGGAUUACCCGCACAGCAAACCGCUUCAUCAUCGGUCGAGAAAAAAAGAAGAAGUAAUACGCAAAUAUCGUCACGAUCUGCCUCACGUGAGCAACCAGUUCCGUCCAAGUCGGUCAGUUCGCCACUCACCCCUUCCAUCAAGAAGUCAGAUGUGAUUGACUCGAAAACAGUUUCCACCAAAGCAACGACAACUAGAGUAACUUCGGCGACUAUCUCAUCUUCCCGAAGUGUUCAAUAUACUAGUACGUCCAGUAGCCAACGAUUGUCACGAGCCCCUACGCGAAAGGAUUCCGUGAAGGGGGGACAAAAGGAAGCAUUAGCUGCUGUUAUCAAGAAGGCGGACAAGGAACAAGCGAACAAGGCUACCAAGUCAACCGUUCUUCCGGCUGCACUAAAGACUAGCAAGGAUCGUGUGAACAAAAGCUUAAUUCCCGUGAUGGUUCCUAUGAGCAAGCGUGAUUCUUCGACUUCUCCUAGCAAGCUGACACAGGCCAAGCAGAAGCGUGACACGUCAACGCCUAGAAUCGUGAAGGCGAGUCCAGAGAAGGUUGCCCCGAUACGGGAGUCCACUGUAGUGCAGAUUAUCUCGAAAUCGGCACCUCGUAUAACCAGUACCAUCCGGCAUGGUGGAGGUAGUGGUAAGGAUGAUGCUAUGCGUUGCAAAUCGGCGAUGCACUAUUCCCACUAUAAGGAUGCGGUUACGUUCGACCACGCCGAAAUUCCUUCAUCUUUGCCGUCCAGUCCGAGCCGCCUAAACAAAAGUUCCUCUAACAGUACAAACGUGUUGACUAGCGAGGUGUUUACGCGCACCAUCGAUGCGUCCAAAUCGAUUGAAGUGAUUUACAAGCAACCGUCCACAUCACACGAGCUGUAUCGCAAGGCGAGCGAGUACGGCCGCUACACAGAUUCAGACGUGCACUUUAUAGAGACAACUGACUCGAGCCUGUCGGAUUCGAUUGCGUUGCCUUCCUCGUCGUCGGAACAGGAAAGCGACCCUGUGGACCAGAACCACAAGCAAUCCGGCAGUCUCGGGUCACCAAAACAGACGAGCUC